AUGCUCCUCGCCAAUACCAGGCAUCUCGCCAGCCUGCUCAAGCCUGCCUGCACGCUCAGACGCGGUAUCAGCAGUACGUCGCCCACCAUACACCACGUCCACCAAUUGACGACCUUCGUUGCAUCUACAGCCUUCAAGGGGUCCUUCCCCGAAAAGCUCGCUUUCGCCUUUGACAUUGAUGGUGUACUGAAACAAGGACACCACAAUGUCCUUCCUGAAGCUAUGCGCACGAUGAAGCUCCUCACGGGCGAAGAUGGUCGUCUGCCCAAACCAAUUCCAUUUCUCCUGAUAACAAAUGGCGGUGGUAUCCCCGAUACCGACCGCCUCUCCCUCCUCUCUUCCGAACUCGGUAUCACACUCACCCCCGACCAGCUCGUGCAAAGCCACACGCCCAUGCGCGACUAUGCAAAGCGGUACGCUGACAAGCAUGUGCUGGUGAUCGGCGGAAAGGGUGACGAUUGUAGGCGGGUAGCAGAGUCGUAUGGGAUGAAGAAUGCGCAUAUACCGCAGGAUAUCAUCGCUUCUGCACCUUCCAUAUGGGAUCGUACAGAACUCACACAACACGAAAAGGCAUUUGCUCGUCCUCAAGACUUUUCCAAAAUCCCAUUCUCCGCCGUAUUCGUCAUGCACGACACGCACGACUGGGGCCGCGAUAUCACCCUCAUCCUCGACCUCCUCAACUCUGAUAACGGGUAUCUCGGUACACGUAAAGAGGGGAGGCAGAAUGGGGAAGAGGCUGUCGAGUUGAUCAUGAGCAAUGCGGAUGUUGAAUGGCGGUCGGACUGGCCGAUCCCUCGUCUUGGACAAGGUGCAUUCCGAAUUGGGCUCGAAGCCAUUUACAAAGAGACGACAGGCCUCAAGCUCCCCUAUACGCAAUACGGCAAACCCUUCAAAGCGACCUACGACUUUUCCGAGCUCUCUCUCCGGCGAUACCUCGCUUCUGUAGGGCGCAAAUCUGACGGUGAUCUCAACGUGUAUAUGGUAGGUGACAAUCCCCAAUCUGAUAUCGCCGGCGCCAACGCACACGGCUGGUCAUCCAUCCUCGUCCGUACCGGCGUCUUUCACGACACCCACGGCGAAAAGCCGGCGCACGAACCGACAGUCAUCGCUGAUAAUGUCGAGAAGGGGGUCGAGUGGGCUAUCGGCAGGGAAAUGGGUCUUUACUAG